CUUCCGCAUUUGAUGGAUAUUGUCAAUGAUUCAUCUAGUGUGUCCAAAUUUGAAUUAGUAGAUGCUGGAAGUAAAUCUAGGUCUCCGAAGUUGGAUGGUGUCGGUUUUGAACCGAGGUCUAUUGCUGAUGAUAGUUGUGCAGUCAAAACUGAGUGUGUUGCUCCUCGGUUUAAUGAUUCAAGAAAAGUCUCCACCGUUAAGUGGGAUUUGAGUGGCGUGGAUAAUGAACUCAAUCGGACUGCAGAAGCUAUUAGGCUGCUGGAAGUGGAGGAAGAAGGUCGUCAUAGUGAUGUGAAUGGAGUCGAUGCAUCAGUGGAGGAAAGGAUUCAGACGACCCCUCCCGACCACCCUUGUAUCCUCGCUAAAACAGAGGUUGGUUGUGGCAGGGAAUCAUCGGAUGCUAAGAAGGACCAAACUUUCAUUGUUGGCAGUGAGAAGAGCAUCAAUGGCUCCUUGAAAAGGUGUCCAAAUACCAAAGGUGGCGAUAGUUUGAUGGACAAAGCGGCUUUGAAUCCGUGUUCCCGACUAAGGUUCUUCAGGAAUUCUAGGUCAGUCAGUUACAGGAGAUUGCUUCCGUUUCUGAUGGACAUAUCGAAAGCUGAUUCCUGUACUGCAGCAAAGCCGCCAAAAAAUUGCAUCGGUUUGUUUUGGAAGAAGAUAGACAGCCAGCUCCUUCCGCCACUGCUGAACGCUGUUUUGUGAACAAUAAUCUGAAAGAAAAAACAUGCGAAAGAAUACACGAUGAAGCUAGAAUUCAAACUGCUGCAGAUGGUUCGUCUCCUGAUAGUAAUAGUAAUCUGAGGUCGGUUAAUUCUGCAACUCUUCCUGAUAUAGGCACGGUGAAUGAAGAAACUGGGCAAAGUCAAAGUGGUCUGGCAAAGUUACCACUAGAUCUUGGGUCAAAAGAGAGUAUGUUAGUCUCGGAACCAUCGUCGGUUGUCAAUUGCAUUCAGACCAAGCAACAUACUCCUGAAGAGCCUAGGUCAGCUGAGAAACACGACACGUGCUUGAGUGUAGAAUUAGAACUUCAUAGUGGCAAUACUGAUACAAGUGAAAUAGUUAACUUGAAGCAACCCUCGUCCCCGGUCAACACGUUGGAUCAUUUGGGUGCCUUGGUUUCUCCUAACAACAAGCCUUUCAAGGGAAUACUCAAGAGAAAUCGCCAAGGGUGCAGAGGGCUAUGUGAUUGCUUGAACUGUGCUUCUUUUCGUCUUCAUGCU